CAUCCGCCCACGGUAGUUCGUUCUUCGCACGUAUGGGAGGCCCUCGACCCUUGGUCUGGCGCUCUUUCGCUUGAAUCCCUGCCUUAUCGACUCUGAAUCCGAGCUAUCUACCCUCGCACGAUAUGUUGGAAAGGCGUCCGUACCAGGGUCUCUCGCGUAAGCUCGUGUUGGCGUUCGAUGUUGGGACUACGUUCAGUGGAGUAUCAUUCUGUGUGCUGGACCCCGGCGAAGUCCCGAAGAUCCAGGGUGUAUCAAGAUACCCUGCUCAGGAACAUGUUGGUGGGGACUCGAAGAUUCCGUCUAUCCUCUACUACGACCAGGCACAUCAAGUUCGCGCUGUUGGAGCCGAGGCGCUGCAGGAGCACAUUGUAGAGCAGGCAGAGGACGAGCAAUGGAUUAGGCUAGAAUGGUGGAAAAUGCAUCUUCGCUCGAAACACCUCACGUCCGGCCACAUCAAGGACAGCGAUAUCCCUCCUCUCCCGAAUGGACUCACAGCACUACAGGUCCUCGCUGACUUCAUGGCGUAUCUUUUCCGGUGUGCGAAGCAGUACAUCAUCGAGACAUACGCGAACGGGCAACAGCACUGGGACUCCUUUGGUGAUGCCAUCGACUUCGUCUUGCCCCAUCCUAAUGGCUGGGAAGGUCCCCAGCAAAGCCAGAUCCGUCGCGCAGCGGUUCUCGCUAUGCUGGUUCCCGAUCUCCCGUCAGCCCAGGAGCGUGUCAGACUCGUCACUGAAGGCGAAGCCAGCCUUCACUAUUGCGUCUCGAACGUCUUGGCUUCGGAUACCUGGUCCAGAUUACCUAUCGAAAAACCAGUGGACGGAUCGUCAACACUAUCCGAGCCAGGUUUCGGAGGCGACAGGGGCGUCAUUAUCGUAGACGCCGGUGGAGGUACUAUUGACGUUAGCGCGUACUCAAUGGUGUCGGAUGACAAUACGAGCACACCUGUGUCUUUUGAAGAGAUUGCACCAGCAGAAUGCCGUUUACAGGGAUCGGUGUUUGUGACUCGCCGUGCGAAUGCUUUACUUAAUGAGAAACUCGAAGGCUCCCGUUUCGCAGCUCCGGACUAUAUCAGUCAAAUGACUGAGGCCUUUGACAAGACGACGAAGCUCCGUUUUCGAAGCAAGGAUGAGCCCAGUUAUGUCAAAUUCGGCACCAUGCGCGACAAGGACCAGUCGUUUGGUAUUCGAUCGGGACAACUCAGACUCCAGGGACACGAUGUUGCCGCGCUGUUUGAACCAUCCAUACAAAGUGUCGUUAAUGUCAUCAACCAGCAGCGAAAGGCCUCAACGAUGGAAAUAGGAUUUGUCUUCCUCGUCGGCGGUUUUGCCGCGAGUGGGUAUCUAUUCUCACAGCUUCAAGUCCGGCUGGCAUCCACUGGGCUUAGUCUAAGCCGUCCCGAUAGCCACGCUAAUAAGGCUGUUGCAGACGGUGCCAUGUCGUAUUAUAUCGAUCACCUCGUUACAUCUCGCGUUGCUAAGUACACCUAUGGCAUGAAGAUGAAUGUGGCAUUUGACCCCACAAACAGACAACAUGUAGCACGAUGGAACACAGUGUUUACUUGGCCCUCUGGAGGGCAGCGCGUCCCAGGUGUUUUCGACACCAUACUAGCAAAGGGGAGUCGGGUGUCGGAGGCUCAGGAAUUCAGGCGUUCAUAUCACGAGGAAACCAUGUCCAACAUUAGGUUUCCUGUAUUACACGCGACGGUUUUGGUGUACCGCGGCACAAACUCUCCGCCCAUCUUUGUCGAUGAAGCGCAAGGUGCCUUCUCAACCGCUUGCUCUGUUCAAGCGGACACUUCCGUUGCAUCCAAAGCCUUACAGGCACUGCGAGGAUACUCGUCGACAUACUACGUGUUGUGGUAUGAUAUUAUACUAAAGUUUGGUCUAACGGAGCUGCAAGCGCAGAUAAGCUGGAUUGAAAAUGGAGUCGAAAAACGGAGCCCCGCUUCGGUCAUAUAUGAGGAGGAGAUUGGCUCGUAACCUUUCAUAUGAAAACGAGAGCAACUUUUACCUGUGGCUACUCUGGGAACGUAUAAGUCGCAUAC